AUAGAGGUCGUUAAUCAGAAAUGAAACAAGAUGUAAACAACAACAAUUUGUGGAAGAUGGCACACAGCGUUCUCCGAGUUGAUCAGCUGGAUGCUCAUCAGCUAGAUGAUGAACUUCAUCUGCUUCUCAGGGCUCAGUUAACAAAAGCAUUCCAGUUCUUCAGGCCGGGUGUACUCUCAAAGUGUGAUCCUGAAGUGAAUGCUGUCUUACGUCUCUUGAUAUGGCAUUUUUCAAUCAGCAAAGUAGGGGCCACCCUUGGACAGCAGAUGCUCAACAUGCUCUACACAAACAGCCUCCCGCUGGGUCAAAGGUCACUUUCACUAGAUCGUAAGCACCAGCUACUCUAUGCGCUGCUCCUCGUGGGAUGCAGGUGGUUUCAGGAGAGGAGUUCAGAUCUUUCUCUGAUGACGGGAAGCAGCGAAAAAUUCCAAUUUGUAUGGAAAUUGAUAGACUUGUUGGAGAGACUGGUGAAAGUAGCUUCUCUGGUUAACUUCCUGGUGUUCCUCCAGCAAGGCUUCUAUCCCAGUCUUCUUGAGAGGGUAUUGGGCAUCAUUCCAAGGUUUGCUCAGCCUCAGUCUGUCAGACAGGUGACCUUUGAGUUCAUGACCCGAGAGCUUCUAUGGCACGGCUUUGCUGAGUUCCUCUUCUUCCUCCUCCCGCUUGUCAACAUCCAUCGCAUCCGGAACGUGAUUCGACGGAGGAUCGCUGGCGUUCCGGCGGGGCGGGGCACCUUGCAGAGGUCGUUGGCGGAGUGCAAGGAGUGUGCCGUCUGUGGAGAGUGGCCGACCUGUCCCCAGGAGAUGGGAUGCCAGCAUGUCUUCUGCUACUACUGUCUCAAGAGUAAUUUUGAAGCUGAUCCAUCCUACACUUGCCCCUCCUGUGGUCAGGCAGUGGAAGAGUCCAACAACAUCCGUCCAGUCAUGUGCUCCGUUAGGUAGCAGGCAGCCAAUCACAGCAAUCGUUGCAUAUGAAUAUCAACUCAGAAUCAAGCAAAGCUCAAAUGUUGUUACAUGGUAAUGCGUUCUCAUUGGUUGAUGGGGAAAGUGUGCUAUCCUUCUUCUUAAGAAAUAAGAGUAUCUCCUACCAAGUUUGAUAGUGCAAAUUUUGGAUACAAAGUGAAUGCAUUCCAACAGAAAAUGUUGUAUUAAAGGGAUAGUUGAGUUUUGUUGCGGAGGGUGCUACACAAAAUAAUUUUUUGU